UGGUACGUUCUGGCCAUCAUACAUUCAACACGUCACUUUAUUGUUUUUAUUUGCUUUUCUGAGAAAUACAUUUGUUUAACAUACAUUGAGAAUUACAUUUCCUUUCCUGUUCCAUAGUGCUUGAAUAAUUUAACACAGAUAUUCAUGGCAAAAAAAUCACCUCAAAUUCACGCAAAUCUAUUGCAAAAUUUUAUAAAAUAAUCAAAUUCAAAAUUUUUAAACAAGGUAUUUUUCGUCUGAGCAAGUUACACAUUCUGCAUUCAAAAGUAAGUUUUUGCUUCUUUUCCUACACCUCAGGACAACAGUUCUGCAACUACUAUGGACGGGGCAGGUGGUCCCCACCGACAAAGUGCAUCAGGGGUCCCCUUUAGAGGAGGAAGGGGAGGAGGGAGAGGAAGUCGUGGGGGAGCACGGAGUCAAUCUCGCCGACCGAAUACCCAUCAUGCAGGGCAAAGAGGAGGAAGGGGUCAGCCAAAUCAACCAGGGUCAUCACGUGGAAGGUCAGCUUCAAGGUUCCGAAACGGGGGAAGAAAUCCGCAAGGCCCGCCAAACUUCAAUCCAAACAAGUUUGGUAAUCGCAAAGCUGACGCCGAUUCAGUGCUUGUUGACAUAUGCGCAGUGUGUGAAGGUCACUUUUUUGGCCGGCCUCAUCAAGAAUUACCCGAAGAGUACACUCAGAAGGACAUCUUCAUCAGACGAAACCUCCUCACUCCUUUUGACCAGUAUCUACUACAGGGAGAUGUUCUUGAAGUACGUUUGGGGUACAAGAACCCUCAAAAACCAGAAGCUAUAAAGGCAUCCAUUGUAGAGAUAACAACAUCCCGAAAUACUGAACAAGUUUUGGAGUUUUUUAUGGAUAUGAAUUUUGCAAUACAGCCAAUGUCGAGCAAUGCAUUAAAUACUGAGAAGCUUGUUUCUUACUUGAAGUCAACCGCUAUUUGGGAGUUUUUCUAUGGAACGAAAGAACCGCCAUCUCAUUUUUAUCAAAUCUUUCUUCAGAAAAUAGUAGUGGCCAAUAAUGUGGCCACUUAUGGUAACAUGUCGAAACAUCAUGUUCGAAGAUUCUUCCAAACACUCUUGGAUUCCUAUCAGUUCUUUGGAGUUGGUACUCCAAAUGAGGCUGAACUCAAUUACCUCUUGCCAAUUUUGCUCAUAUUUUUCCAAAAUGUAACAGAAUUCCAGCCCGAGAAAACAUCAAUUCUUAUUCCAAUGCUGGACAAAUUUGCUCGCGAAGAGUAUGAUAAACACUGGAUCAAAUGCAUCAAAAAUGUCAUUCGUGGAAGUGAAGAUUACAGUUCCGAUUUCCGGGUCUUAGAAUGGGAUCAACUGCCAAACAUCCCAACAUCACAAGAGCUUUUUGGCCAAUUGAGCUCCGAGGACAGAAGACUACAGCCGGUUUUGACCAGCGAGCCGUAUAGUUCAGUCUCUCAUUACUUGGAUACUUAUUUCCGACUCCUACGUGAAAACUGCUUCGCUGCUCUAAAAACUGGAAUCAGUGAGCUUUUGGAGAACAAACUGGACUUUCGAGACAUGAUUGUAUACAAGAGAGUUCACUUCAAAGGGAUCACCUUGAGUGAAAAUGGAAUCAUUCUAGUGAUGAGUUUGGACGAGAACUCUUUGCGACCAGGACAGACCAUCAGAAAUGGAGACCUGCAGUACGGAAACCUUGUAUGUCUAUCUGCCUCCGGAUCCUUCCAAGACUCCGUUUGGGCCACAGUCUUCAUGCGUGAGAAAGAACCUAAACCUGCUGCUUCUUCGUCUUCUUCCCAAGGAUCCCAAAGUAGGCAGGGAACUUUAGGGUUUGCACUGGAACUGUCAAAGGCCAGCAAUGAAGCGUCUAUGGAGCAGGUGUUGCAACAACUUGAUUGUGCCAGCGGACAUCUUAGUUUGGUUGAGAGUCCAACUUACUUCAAGGCUCAUGAGCCAGUUUUGGCUAACCUGCAGCUCAUGGAUAAAGAAAGUCUGGCAUUCGAGCCACAAUUAGUGUCACUGGUGCCAUCAAAUGUCCCAAAGUAUUUACAGACCCAAAACGCCACCUUUAACAACGACAUAAUUUAUCCGAAUUUACCUACUUCCUAUGAUGCACUAAUGUUCACGUCGCAUUUGAAAUCCAAUAAAUCCGAAGUAAUUGACGACAGCCAGCGACUGGCACUGAGAUGCAUGCUGAAAAAUGAAAUAGCGAUUGUCCAGGGACCUCCCGGUUGUGGAAAAACGUAUUUGGGUGCAAAAUUUGUCAACCUGAUUAUGACUAUGCAGCCCAAAUUACGUGGACCAGUAUUGCUGUUAACAUACAAAAAUCACGCGCUUGAUGAGUUUCUUAAACGUGUUUUGAGUUUUCUGCCUUCCGAAGAAAUUUGCCGAAUCGGAGGUCGAAGUGAAGCACCGGAGCUGGAAGCGACCAAUUUACGAAGCAUGAGAGGUGUUGCAUUUGAGCAAGGAAAAGUGCCUUCUGCCCUCAAAGCGGAAAGAUUUGAAACCAAUCAGAAGCUAGAUGAAGCAAAACGUCAACUGUGCUAUGCUCUCGAAAUCAAUUCGAAGAAAUAUAGUCUGACCACUCUGGAUUUUGCGUCAAAAUUCUUGAGCGAAGCUCAAAUUUGGAAAUUUUUAUCGACGAUAAAGAACAUUCCCGUUAAUAAACUCAUGGUUUUCAAAACUAUAACUACUGGCAAAGCUGUAACGAGCUCAGAAAUAAUGAAAAUUUGCAAAAGUGCGAUCGACGAGUGUCGAAUGUUUGGACUCCCUAAUUCUGAUUUGAAGGCAGCACUGGCUCUGGGUCCGAAUUGCCUAGACGCUGUUGACGACUUUCUGCUGAUACUUGACCACAGUUUAAGGCAGUGGCUUCCGAAUGAGAAGUUUGUCAAAGAAGUUGAGCAAGAGUUUGUAGUUGAAAUUGAAAAACCAACGAAGAAUUUGAGACAAGCUCAGCAAAGCACUGACGAUGACGAUAUAGACGAUUUGGAUCUGGAAAUGGACCGAUUUAAAGUUCUAGCUGACUCGAAGUCUUCCGGCUUUAAAGACUUCAAACAACUUUCAAAUGAAGCUGUAAGGUUGAGGGCAUCUCAAAACAAUCCAAAUUAUCCACUUGCGCUGCAGUUGCAAAGCUUUGCAUCCGAUCUCUGCGAAAAAUCUCCCAGUACAAUUUUGAGCGACAGAGAAAAUAUUUCUGAAAUGCCACUAAGAGUUCGUCUAAUUGCAAUCCAGUCCGCAAUUUUGGCAUCGCUAAAUAAGGAUCCGGACUCUGAUGGAUCUGACGAUGAUGUUAGUGUUCCUGGGGCACUUGAAAAAUUCAAAAAAUUUUGUGAUGCUAAAUCGGAAUUAGAUGCUAGACUCAGUUAUAGUGUUAUGAGUCAUUGCAGGGUAAUCGGGAUGACUAUUACAGGUGCUUCGAUAAACCGACACCUCAUCGACCUGUUGCGACCUAGUGUCGUUGUGGUCGAGGAGGCGGCGGAGGUUCUGGAACCCCAACUGACGGCGCUCCUGAAGCCAUACGUGCAACACUUGGUCAUGAUUGGUGACCAUAAGCAACUGAGACCUUCCGUCGAGAGCUUCGAACUCAUUAAGGAUUAUAAUUUUGAUAUUUCAAUGAUGGAAAGGUUGAUUCUUGGCAAGAUGCCCUAUGCUCUGUUACAGUUCCAGAAUCGAAUGCGACCUGGAAUAUCGGCUUACCUAACUGACAUUUAUCCCGAUUUAAAGGACGGUCCAAACGUUGUUGCAAUCCGGAAAGUUAAGUUCACCCCAAAAUCUAUUUUCUUCUGGACUCACGAUUGCAUAGAAAAGGCCGAGAGAAGUUACACUAAUAUCGAAGAAGCGAAACGCUGCAGUCAGUUGGCUAAUUUCCUUGUCGGCCAAGGGUUCAAACCUUCAGAAAUUACAAUUAUUGCAGCUUAUAAAGGUCAAAAGGGAUUGAUCAGAAAAGAACUCGAACAGCUUCAAAAGGGUCAGAAAAGCUGUUUUCCCGAAAAAAUGGAUAGAUCAGAGAAUGUGCAGAUACAAACAAUCGACAUGUAUCAGGGUGAUGAAAAUGAAGUUGUGAUAAUUUCACUGACAAGGUCAAAUAAUUCAGGCAAAGUUGGGUUCAUGAAAGAACUAAACAGGCGCUGUGUCGCUCAGUCUAGAGCAAAAAGACUCUGCAUUUUCAUCGGAAACGACAAAAUGUUUAAUGAUCAACCUAAAUGGAAAGUCUUUAUGAGUAAAUUGCGUUUGAAUGAUUCACUGGACUCAGUUUUUACUAUACAAUGCCCAAGAGAAGAGCACAGACUAAUUACAACAAUUCAAAUAAAAGACUCUGAAGUUUUCCCACCGCAGAGUUUCUGCCAAAAAACGUGCGGAAUGUUAAUGCCAUCAUGUCGAAAACAUCUCUGUCCCAUGUUGUGCCAGCCAGACCACUCGCAUGAUAUAUGUAAACAUCCCAUCAAGUACAAUGACUUGAUGAGAUGUCUUCACGAAAGAAACCGGAAAUGUUUCCAAGAUCCAAAAGAUAUCGUGUGUGGGAAACCGUGUCUAAUCAAAUUCACGAGAUGCGAUCACGCGUGUGAUCAAAAGUGUGAACCAAAACAUGAACACUUACUGUGUAGAAAAAGAGUUCCCACCUUUUGUCGCGAUUGUUCAGGUCCAAUGCAAAAGUACUGCCAUCAAGAGUUUUCACAAGAUAAGUGCAAAUCUGACGUUCAGAUAAUAUGCGCGAAAUGCAAAAAACCAGGUACGAAAAGGUGCUCAGACCCCAUUGCGUCAUACAAUUGCCUGGAAAACUGCAUCGUAAUACUUCCGUUCUGCGGACAUGCUUGUGAUAAGUUGUGCUGGCAAGCUUGUCCAGAUAAAAAGGAAAACUGCUCAAAAUGCAAAGAAAUAAUUCGGAUUGAGAACGAGAGAAGAAAUGCGCAGUUGAAAAAGCAGCAUGAAGAUUUAGCUAAGCGGUUCAGAAAAGAACUUGAGGAUGCAAAAACUGGAAACUCGGCAGUUACAACUUUCAGCAGAGAAACUUUGUCUCCAAACGGCGAAACUUCGGCAGAGUACAUGAAAGUUGAAGACAUGGUUCUGAAAAGUGUCCAGAAAACUCACAAUUGGUUUCCGAUGAUUCAAAAAAUCGAAAAAAUUAAAAACAGCGAACUGUCUGCCAAAUUCCACGAAGCAGUUAUGAAAAUGUUUGACUCCAGUUAUAUAGACCAGAAAUUUCACGGCACCGACAUGGAUGCGGUUGAAAAGAUUAUCAAAAAUGGUUUCAAACCAUCUUCUAAAGGCAUGUAUGGCCCAGGAGUUUAUCUGGCCACUGAUUCGUCAAAAUCGGCGCAAGAGAAAUAUACGAAGCAAAGCAACAUGCUGCUAGUAUGUAAAGUAGGUCUCGGGAAAACUAAAAAAUGCGAUAAAGCAUGGGAUGAUGCAAAUGGCGCAAAGUUGAAAAAGGAAGGAUUCGAUUCAAUUUUUGCUCCUCGUGGUACGAAAGACACUGGUGGUGUAUUGUUUGAUGAGUUUGUGGUUUUCGACCCGGAUAGGGUUCUGCCCGAAUACAUUGUACACUACAACAAGCGUGGCGUGCCUGUGAUGUCCGGAUUUAAUUACGCUUUGAGUGGAAUGUCCUCAAUGGGACCGGGAGGAUAUCAAAAGAUAGAAUUGAAACACAAGCGAGGAAUCGAUAAUGCCGAAACACAGAAUUAUCUAAUGGCCGCAGCCCAGUUUUAUUCAUUGAUACAAAACCCGCAAUUUUCUAACAGAAAACUGGCAGCGAUUUACUAUCACCAAAAUCCAGCCUUGGAGGCAAAGUUUGCUGCUGAAUGUGCCCUGAUGAAAGCGAAAUAUCCCAACCAAGAGGAAGGAGAACCGAUUUUAGCUUUCCACGGAACUCCAACUGAUGCCAAUCUUGACAACAUUGCUCGAAAUAACUUCGAUCUAAGAAAGCUUAGAAGCUGCGCUUAUGGAUGGGGAGUUUAUCUCUCCGAAUUACCAGAUAUUAGCCUUUCCUAUGCAAGAGGGGCUCCAAAACUACUGCUCUGCAAAGUGUUACCUGGGAAAUCGCGACUAGGGGAUUGUGGGAGAUCUAUUGGACCUGAUAAUUUGUGCUCUUGUGACUCACACAAAAUUGCGCCAAAUGCAAACGGGAGGGGUUCGGAAAUCGUUAUUAAUAAUGUGAACAGAAUUCUGCCAUGCUUCGAAUUGCAUCUUCAGUAGAUUGACUGAUCUUUGUGUUUCUGAGUUUAAAAAGCAUUUCAACUCUACUGAAUACUUGUAUCUACUUCAUCUUGACACUUAACUGUUGCUGCUUUUUCUUUCUACUCACAUCUUGGGUUAAAUGGCUGAUACUUUUCUGAAAUCCUAACUGCGUGGUAAUACCUUUUGUAAUCUAUUUGAUUCUGAA